AUGCUUCGCCCAACUGGGCGCCGCGCGUGGACAUGCCGCAAAUGUCUGCUGCAGCGGCUCCAGAUACGAGCUUUUGAAAGCGCCGCAGCAGCUCCCCGAUCGCAUCACCAUUACCCCCCGGCGGACAAUCAUUCUUCUAAGAAAAAUAUAGAUGAUGACACACUGCGCCGUGUUUUCGAUUCACAGCCAUUCUGGAAGGAAUUCCAACAGCAGAGGAGUUCCACGGUUUCGCGGCAGGCCGGCUUGGUCCAGAACCAAUACCUGACCAGCCCAAAUGGAUUUAGGGCCUUUGCCAAUGUAUCGCUGCAGAGAUGCCAGGCCAUCGUGAACAGAGUGCUUUCGGCUUCCACUUUGGAGGAAUACCGGGGUGUGGCACGGAACCUAGAUCGGCUCAGCGACAUUCUGUGCCGGGUCAUUGACCUUUCAGACUUCAUUCGAACGAUUCAUCCCGAUCCACGAAUUCAAGAGGCAGCGACGCAGGCAUAUGCCCUGAUGUUCGAGUAUAUGAACGUGUUAAACACCACCACAGGCCUCCACGAGCAACUCCGCGCAGCCAUUUCCAAUCCGGACGUGACAUCACACUGGACCGAGGCGGAGACAAUUGUGGCCCAGAUCUUGAUGAAGGAUUUCACCAAUUCGGCGAUCCAUAUGCCUCCGAAUGAAAGACAACGGUUCGUCAACCUCUCGAACGAUAUCAGUCAAGUUGGCUCGGAAUUUUUCAAUGGUGCCGAGACGGCCAAAUCCCAGGUUGUCUUCAAUGCGAACAGCCUCCAGGGACUAGAUCCGAUGGUGGUGCAGAAAAUAAAAAAGUGGAAUAACAAGGCGCCUGUGCCGACGAUGGGAAUUAUUCCUCGACUGGUGCUGCGGUCUGUACGAGACGAAAAUGUUCGGAAAGAAGUAUACCUCGCCACUCGAACCUCCAGCUCGCGCCAGAUCAAUCGCCUGGAAGACCUGUUGAUGAAGCGAUCAGAGCUAGCACAAGUCUCUGGCUUUAACAGCUUCGCCGACAUGACUCUGAGUGAUAAGAUGGCCAAGACACCCGAGGCGGUCUCUAAUUUCCUGACUACGCUUAUCUCAAACAACCGGGGCCCUGUCAUGGAAGAGUUGUCCCAACUGCAACAAAUGAAGGGAAGCUCUCUUCAGCCUUGGGACCACGCAUACUAUGUUCAUAAAAGGGUACUGCAGUAUACACAAGCUCGUCGGUCCCGUGAACUAAGCAUCGUUCCCGAGUUCUUCUCUCUGGGCACAGUCAUGCAGGGUCUAUCUCGGCUUUUCGAUCGUCUUUACGGUGUUCGACUCGUACCCCAGGAAACGGCUCCUGGUGAGACAUGGCACAAAGACGUUCGUCGUCUAGAUGUGGUUGAUGAGGCUCAGCAACACAUUGCAGUCGUUUACUGUGAUCUUUUCAGUCGACCAAACAAGCACCCGAACCCAGCCCACUUUACGUUGCGCUGCGCACGUGAGAUAUCAGCUGAGGAAAUUGCCGAGUGCGCAUCUAUGGAUCAGUCUGCGCACCCGAACGACGGGAUGGCAACUGCAGUAGACCCGAACACCAACACUCUACGUCAGCUUCCGACAAUCGCUCUCGUCUGCGACUUCCAAGAACCUGUCCCCAAUGGUUCAGGCUGCCCAACACUACUAAGCGAACAGAGUGUGCGCACCCUGUUCCACGAGAUGGGACACGCCGUGCACUCAAUUCUAGGCCAAACACCGCUCCAGUCUAUCUCCGGCACUCGGUGUGCGACCGACUUCGCCGAACUCCCUUCAGUCCUGAUGGAGAGUUUCGCCACAGCACCCCAGGUUCUCGCCCUCUACGCUCGGCACUGGAGAACCGGCGAGCCACUACCAAAAGAGACAAUGCGUAGCAUGGAGCGAGACCGUUACGCACAUGGACAUAUCUACGGCGCUGUCGACAACGAGGCUCAGAUCCUCAUGGCCCUCGUAGACCAGGCCUAUCACUCGAUGUCCUCCCUCGAUGCGCAGAAGGGAAUCGACACAACGGACAUCUACCACAAGGUGUUCUCCCAACACUCCAGCCUUCCAGACCCAGAUGACAUCCGGCCCCGAACCUCUUGGCAAGGCUUCUUCGGACACUUGUAUGGCUACGGUGCCACCUACUACAGCUACAUUUUCGACCGAGCCAUCGCCAACAAGAUCUGGCAGGAUGUUUUCGAGUCAGGGGAAGCCUCUGUGGAUCGGGCAGCUGGCGAGAAAUAUAAAAACGAAGUUCUUCGCUGGGGCGGUGGCCGCAGUGGUUGGGAAUGUGUUGCUGGUGUUCUGGGCCCAGAUAAUCCUUCCAAUGCAAAUGGUCGAUUGGUGGAGGGAGAGGACUCGGCUAUGAGGGAAGUUGGGAAAUGGGGCCUGGGUCGAGAUGGAGUGUCUGGUUAG